UGACAGGCGGCGUCUGUCGCCCCUCGGCGGGAAGCAGCGGCACCUGCCUGCCUGCCUGUCUGUCUCACCUGCCACCUGUCUGCCCGCCGCCUCGCGAGCGCUCAUGUCCUCGCGCGCGCGGUGAAGCUGGAGCACGCCGGCCGGAACCCGCCACCCCUGCGCUGGGCUGGAGCGGAGCAGCCCGCCGUCUGGACGGACGUCCUGGCAGAGAUGUCCCGCCACAUCUACAUUCGGAACAAGAUCGGGGAGGGCAUCCCGGCGCCCAUCUUCCAGGUGAAUCGAGGGACUUACUCCAGGAGGAGCCGUCUCAAGAGGUCCGAUGGAAGCACCACCUCCACCAGCUUCAUCCUCAGACAGGGCUCAGCGGAUUCCUACACUAGCAGACCGUCAGACUCAGAUGUUUCCCUGGAGGAGGAGCGGGAGGUGCCGGCCCAGGUGCAGAGCCAGAGCCCCAACCAGAGCCAGGCGCCGGGCCAGAGCCGCCAGGAGCGGGAGCAGCAGGCCGCCGUGCAGCUGGAGCGAGCCAAGGGCAAACCCGUGGCGUUCGCCGUCCGCACCAACGUCAGUUACUGCGGCGCCUUGGAUGAGGACGUCCCGGUUCCAGCCACCGCCAUCUCUUUUGACGCCAAGGACUUUCUCCACAUCAAAGAGAAGUUCAACAACGACUGGUGGAUCGGCCGGCUGGUGAAGGAGGGCUGCGAGAUCGGAUUCAUUCCCAGCCCUCUGAAGCUGGAGAACAUCCGCCUCCAGCAGGAGCAGAAGAGGGGACGAGUCCAAGGUAAGUCUGGAGGGAACUCCUCUUCCAGUGUAGAGGAUGAGGUCUCUGCCUCAAUCCGGCCGCUCAUAUCCUCCGCAGGGAAGCAGAAACAGAAAGUGACGGAGCACGUUCCCCCGUACGACGUGGUUCCUUCCAUGAGGCCCGUGGUGCUGGUGGGACCGUCGCUCAAGGGUUAUGAGGUCACCGACAUGAUGCAGAAGGCUCUGUUCGACUUCCUCAAGCACAGAUUUGACGGCAGGAUCACCAUCACGCGGGUCACGGCCGACAUCUCUUUGGCCAAAAGGUCCGUCCUCAACAACCCCAGCAAGCGGGCCAUCAUCGAGAGGUCCAACACGCGCUCCAGCUUAGCCGAGGUCCAGAGCGAGAUCGAGAGGAUCUUCGAGCUGGCGCGCUCGCUGCAGCUGGUCGUCCUGGACGCAGACACCAUCAACCACCCCGCCCAGCUGCUCAAGACCUCCCUGGCCCCCAUCAUCGUCCACGUCAAAGUGUCCUCGCCAAAGGUUCUUCAGCGGUUGGUCAAAUCCAGAGGGAAGUCUCAGAGCAAACACCUGAACGUCCAGCUGGUGGCGGCAGACAAACUGGCUCAGUGUCCCCCGGAGAUGUUUGACGUCAUCCUGGACGAGAACCAGCUGGAGGACGCCUGCGAGCACCUGGCGGAGUAUCUGGAGGCGUACUGGAAGGCCACCCACACCUCCCUGGCCACGCCCCUCAACCCCCUGCUGGGCCGUAACCUGGGCUCCACGGCUCUGACCCCCUUCUCCACCAGCAUCUCCGGCCUGCAGCAGAGCCAGAAGCUGCGGCAGAGCAACCACGCCGGAGACCACGCCACCCCCAACGAGCGCCGGAACCUGAUGGCGGCGGACGAGAACUACCACAACGAGCGGGCGCACAAAGGCCGCAACCGCAUGUCGUCGGGCUCGCAGCACAGCAGGGAACAGCAGGACCCCUACCAGGACUACCCGGACCCGUACCAGGACGCCUACAAGCCGCACCGCAACCGCAGCUCCCCGGGCGGCUACAGCCACGACUCCCGGCAUCGACUCUGAGCCCGCCAGGGCCGCCGCCGGGGCCGCCGCCAGGGCCCCCGCCAGGGCCGCCGCCGGGGCCGCCGCCGGGGCCGCGGUGACCCGGAGUCAACAGGAGGAUCCCCCACUCCACUUUUUUAAAGAACCUUCUGGCUGCGCAGAGGAGAUGGGAUGUCCGAGCGCCGGCAGAUCCACUCAGAACCCUGAGACGGCGGCGGCGCCUGGAGCAUGGCGGCAGAUCCAGGGACAGCCCCCCAGGCCUUGUACAAACCUCCACCUUUAGCUUACUGCAUGCUGAUAGAUGACCCACCUCUGCAUCCACCCAGAUGACCUUCUGGACCUUCAGGACGGGUCGUCCCGGUGGCCCGGCGGAGCGGUUCUGCCGUUCAGGUAGCUUUGAUUCUGGUGCUUGACAUUCCCAAACCGAUUUGCUGCUGGAGGACGAGGAGGAGGAGGAAGGCCAGCUUUUCUGUAGCGUAGCUUUAGCAUCUCAUCUCAGUGAGCAGAACCCAGACCCGGUUCUGAGGCGGAACAGCAGCCGGUCUCUCUGACAGCAGCAAAUAUCUGAUGCAUUUCCAGAACUUUCUGUUGGUUUUGGAGCUUCAGGCCCACAGAGACUCCUUCAAAAUAAGAUCAGAACUUUUUUCUGAAGCGGCGGGUCCACGGGUCCGGCUCGGCGCCGCUGGCAUGUUGUCCGGACUGCAGAGCAUGCUCUAUCCAACCUUAAAUAGCCCCCCUUCCUUUUUCUGACGUGAUGUUGAUCAAAUCGACCCCCCCACCCCCCAUGAAAGAAGAGCAAAAUAAAAACCUGAAGUCCCAAAGCAGCAGUCCUGCGUGGUGAGGGGGCGGAGUCACAGAGCGGCUCCCGCCUGAAACACGGAAACCACCCGUUUACUUUAGAGAAACGAGGUGGGGGCUCCCGCUCUACCACUGCUGGGGGUUCAAACCCCUCUGUGUGUGUGAAUGUGUGUGUGUCUAGACGUUUACGACUUUCUUUUCGUCUUCCUCAGUUUCCGUUUCUUCAUCGUUUUGUUUUCUAAGUGUUAAAAUCCCAUGAUGCAUUGCUCCCACAGCUAAAAAAAGUUCAGACUAUCGUCCAAUAAAUGCAAAUGUGCUGCAGGUCUAGCAGGUGGAUGGAGCAUGGUUACCAUGGUUACCACCUCACAGCAUCUCCUCCUGAAUCCGUCUCAUGGAGGUUCUGGUCUCUGAGUUUGUGAAAAAUGUCGAUUUUAAAAGAUUCUAGUUUUUCUUUUUUAACUUCUGAGAGACUCCGCCUCUUCCUGUUCCAUGAAAUCCUGGUUCUGAACCACAGAGGUGCAGCUCCCGCAGGAGCAGGACCUCCUGCAGGAGCAGCACCUCCUCACGUCCCAGGAUCCGUCUUAACUCACAGCAGGAGCGGUGCCUCCACUGAAUGGCUUCUCCUGCAGGAGAACCGCCGUCUUCCAGGUCCGUUUGGGUCGAGCUACAUCGAUCCUUCUCCCAGCAGGAACCAGAUGAAACCCAGAUGGUUCCUGUGAAAGGUUCUGGUCUGAGAACAUUUGUAGAACAGAGAAAACAUCCGGAUCAACGGUUCUUAGAAGGUUUUAGAGUUUUAGGGCUGUAUCGUUAGCUGGACGUGACGGAACAUCGGGUCUGCUGCUUCAGGAACCUAGAACCUGGUCCACAUGAGAACCUGAGGUUCUGCAGGAAAACGUCCCACUUGUGAAGAAAUCCACAAACCUCUGCGUCUGGAGCGGUUCUGACCGGAGCCAGACAGGAAAGUUCUUCUGGGUUUUGGGUUUGGGUCUCGCAGUCUGAAGAUCCGACUCCGUGUUUUGCCGGUCCACACCGGCAGAACACGAUCCAGAACCCUCUCCCCGCAGAACAGGAAGGAGGACAAAGGAAUCCCAGCAGGCAGGAAGAUGACAGCUUCAAAAUAAAAGACCCAUUCAUCGUCUGUUUAGUCUGAAUAAAAGUUCUGAUUUAUGUUGAAAGGAUCA